GUAUACAUAACCACACGCUGAUGCUGAUUUUAGUACAGUAGAAUAGAAUCCUGAUCGUGAUUCCUUAACGUCAUUCCUGAUCUCCAAAACCAUCACAGAAUAUGUAGGAUAACAUAUUGAUGCAUAAUAAAUCAAUGUUAAUGAUAAGAAUAAAUGAAUUCAGUAUAUAGUUGUUACUUUGUGCUUUUGUAUGAAUAUUCCCUUCUGUCUGUUUUCAUUCGCGCGCUCUCUCUCUCACACACUCACACACGCACAAACAGGGGUGGGAGGGGUGACGCUGGAAUUCGACGGCCUGUUUGUGAUUGGCUAAUGUGCCACUGCGUUCUUAGCGAAUAAGAGAGUGGCCGUUUUGUCUAUAUCACGGAGAGCUCGGGGUGUAACGUUUAUUUCGGAGUUGUUGUUAGAACAGAUCUGAGCAUCAAGAUGAGUGGCAGAGGAAAAACCGGCGGAAAGGCUAGAGCUAAGGCCAAGACUCGUUCAUCCAGGGCUGGACUUCAGUUCCCCGUGGGACGUGUGCACAGGCUUCUGCGUAAAGGCAACUAUGCCGAGCGCGUCGGUGCCGGCGCUCCGGUCUACCUGGCCGCAGUGUUGGAGUAUCUGACCGCUGAGAUCCUGGAAUUGGCCGGUAACGCCGCCCGUGACAAUAAGAAAACUCGUAUCAUUCCCCGCCACUUGCAGCUCGCCGUGCGUAACGACGAGGAGCUGAACAAACUGCUCGGCGGAGUGACCAUCGCUCAGGGUGGUGUGCUACCGAACAUUCAGGCUGUGCUUCUGCCUAAAAAGACCGAGAAGGCCGUCAAGACCAAGUAAACUCGUCCACUGCUGCUUUGUCAGUACCCAAAGGCUCUUUUAAGAGCCACCAUCUCUGCUUCAAAAGUGCAAUUUUACACCCCUUUUUCUACUGAAAGUGUGCACUAGAAAGUCAGCACGUUUGAAAUGAAAACACAAGCGUUAUA